UGCCCGGCGGGGAAGUGUGUUACCAGUCAGGCUCAUAAUUUCCCCACGCCCGCUUAUCGAUUGUACGUCACUUAGUUCCGACUGCAGAUUAAGUUGGCGCGAGGUUUCGGCCGGUAUUGACCCACCCGUUUUAUAACUCAUCACCGUCACCCGACAAUCGUCAAGGGUGAUAAUUGUAUUCCUGCUCCUGAUCGACGAUUCUGUCUCCCCGCAAUGCUUCACGUGAAAGCUGAUAAGCGGAGGACGCAGCAGCAGCGCCAAUCGCGCGCACGUCUCGUUUCAAACGCGCAAGGUAAAGCAGGGGGUCGAAGAUUCUCCAAGCAUUCGGGAUUCGGUUGGCUUGAUACGACCACACUAAGAACCGGCGGCGGAAGUGAUAAUUUGAAUAGCGCAAAAUGGAAACACACGGUUUGGAUGGCUUUCCAUUUCAAAUUUCUGUCUGGUGAAUCACACGGCCGCACACGGUACACGGUCUUCUUACGGCUGCAGCAUCGUUGCACCAUCAGCAGUCGAGCAGUUGCGUGCGACGAGAGCUAAGCAUUGAACGGUCUGAUCGUCGCCCAUGGUUACACAACACAAUCGCGAGUGUGUGCAAAACGCAGAAUUGGCACAUCGAUCAAGUGCCAGCUGGAGUACUCGCAACCUGCGCUAAUCCCGUAAGAAACUGGACGAUUGGUGCCCGAUGAGCUCAAGUGGUGGACAUGCUACUACUACUGAUUGGAUUUCGCAACUUUUUAUCAGCGUGAAGCGCCUGCCAUCGAGGACAUCGUACGCGUGCUCCAGGAAUUAUUGUACCAGCAGGUGGUGCCCAGUGGUGUUCGUCUAAAUCGAGCUUCGGAAAAAUUAAAUCACGGCAAUCCACACACACACACACACACACACACACAAAACGUCCUUCUUGCAGCGCUUGCUUGGACGGGCGAACGGCGUGCUGUUGCAUUCUGGCACGGCUGGAUUCAGUUCUUUUUCCCUGUGUUGAUGAAACCCAUCGGGUAUCGUGCUAUCAGUGCCGUAGGAUUAAUCGUUCGUCAUUUGACGAUAACGGCUCCGCGGUUAGGUCAAUAUCAUUUGCUGCGGAUUUUUUCGGUUUGUAGUAAGAAAGUUGGCCAGAUCCGUUCGUGCGCUGCGAACAGAUAACGGUGCGCCAUUUACCACCCCUCCUUAACCCGGCCCGCCAAUUACCACCCACCGGGGGUGAAGUGUAUUUUUUGUAGUUCGCGUAUCGAUUCGAGGUGCCGACCGAGUCAGUCAGUCAGAAGUAUCCGUUCGCUGCGAUACGGAACGAGAUUGCGGAUCCGUGUGUAAUUCCAUCCGUCCGUCCGCUACCACGAUGGCUCUCGGUAACGCCCAGUUGUACCUGUUGACUGCUGCGGCAGUGCUGCUCUCGACCGUCGGUUUCGCAACAUCCUCCAACGAGAAUAGCAAAUUUCUGAUAAACAGCCGAUUGGAAGUAAACGUUAAGUCCUUGUUGAGUGAAAUCUGUGGCACCAACUCGUCCCUGCUCAGCAUCGGCGUCAAGUCGCUUAGCAACGAGUACAGCGAUCGUACGGUCGAGAAUCUGUGUGGCAAUGAAACGACCGAGGUGUUGCUAUGGAUACCGGUCGGCAAUUUUGGCAAUCUGGCCGAGCUAGGAUCAUCCAGCCGCUACCUUGGCAAGGGCGCCGGGGACGAAGACUACGCCGAGUACUGCAGUUAUGACGUAACGACGAAAUCGUGCGCUACUGAUAGCGGCACUGUGGAGGGAUCAAUUUUGCUGCUAGCCGAGAAAUUCCCGGAACGGUACGAGCUGCGCGAUCUGGUGUACAAGAAGUGGCGCAACUCCACCCAUCUCGGGACACCGAUUUUGGCGUACGCUACACUGAAAAACCGCGAACCCGCGUACAAGUACGUCGAUCAGGAUAUUUCUUAUCUGGCGGAUACACGCAUCGAGUACGUUCUACCGGCGACCGUUACGCACGGUGUGCCGUUGUCUGUGUUCCGAGGCAAAACGGAAACGUACAAGCUGGUCGCCGGCGAGACGUACUACAGCAGAAAUUUUAAGACCAUUAAUGCGAUUCGUUACAUGAGCCCUUACUCCACUAUAAACAUUACCGUCGUCGGAUCCGAAGGUCGCGAUUACCGCGAGUUCCGUGCCAAGUUGGUUACCGUGUACACCGACGAGGAGGGUUACGGUUGGUCGCGAUCUUUAUCAGCCGUUGAAGCUGCGGUGAUUGAAACCAAGCUUACCGAAACGCACGUAGAGUAUGCACUGCCGGUCAAUCUGUACGACACGCAACCACCCGUGCUGCCACCGAUGCUACCAAACAUCAACGAAGGCAACAACAUCGUGGACAAAGCACCGCCGAAGGGUAUUGUGGCGAAGCCGGAAAACAUUCACAUCCACAUCAGCGAGCUGGACUUUGGACAGGCGUAUCCUGGCUUCCGCAACAUAGCCAUCGGUGCUGCAAUUUUGUUCUUCUCCGUCCUUGGCAUAGCGAUCAUCGAUAUCAUACGACGCGUUAUCGCAAACCGCCGCGCCAAACGAUUGCAUCUCGGCAAGUACAGCCGAACGUAACGGCAACACGUCACCGCGCCAAUUCAUCGUUCGAGCGUGUUAGGGUUUAUGUUUAAAAUCUUGGUAGUGCGUUACGCGUUUUAUUAGCACAUUCUUUGCAGCAUUCACAAGUAUUAGUAAGUAGUUUACCAAACAUAUGUCUGUGACUCGCCGAGUGUAUUUAACGUUGGAAUAAAACAAUAAAAUUAUUUAACUACGA